AUGGCUUCACUAUCUGAAGAAGAUUUUUCUUGUCCUGUGUGUCAUGAAAUCUUCAAGGCUCCUGUUAUUUUAUCAUGUAGUCACAGUUUCUGUAAAGAGUGUCUCCAACAGUUCUGGAGAAUCAAGGGAACUCAGGAGUGUCCUGUCUGCAGGAGAACAUCCUCAAAUAAUCAUCCUCCUAUUAAUCUUGCAUUACAAAACUUGUGUGAGUCAUUUCUAAAGGAAAGAAAAGAAAGGCAUUCAUCAAGAUCUGGGGGAGUCUGUAAUUUACAUGGUAACAAACUGGAGCUCUUCUGUCUGGAGGACAAACAGCCGGUGUGUUUAGUGUGCAGAGAUUCGGAGAAACACGACAAUCACAAAUUCAGACCCAUCGCUGAAGUUGUGUCAUCAUACAAGGAGGAGCUCAAUACAGCAAUGAAGUCUUUACAAGACAAACUAAAACACAAUGAAAAUAUAAAAGAAGAGUUUGAGAAAACAGUUCAACACAUCAAGUCUCAAGCUGAUCACACAGAGCGUCAGAUUAAACAGCAGUUUGAGAAGCUUCAUCAGUUUCUCAGAGAUGAAGAAGCUGCUACAAUCACUGCACUGAGAGAGGAAGAGGAGCAGAAGAAGAAGAUGAUGGAGGAGAAGCUGGAGGAGAUCAACACACACAUCUCAGCUCUUUCACACACAAUCAAAGACACAGAGGAGAUGAUGAAAGACAGUGAUGUCUGCUUUCUGAAGAAGUUUCCAGUCUCGAUGGAAAGAGUCCAGAUCUCAUCACAGCCGGAUCCACAGACUCCUUCUGGAGCUCUGAUUCAUGUGCCGCGAUACUUGGUAAACCUGCCCUUCAGAGUCUGGAAGAAGAUGCAGGACAUCGUCCAGAACACUCCUGUGAUUCUGGAUCCAAACACGGCUCAUCCACGUCUCCUCCUGUCUGAUGAUCUGACCAGUCUAAGAAAAAGUGUGAACAAUCAACCAGUUCCUGAUAAUCCAGAGAGAUUUGAUAAGUGUCUUUGUGUCCUGGGUUCAGAGGGGUUUAACUCAGGGACACACUGCUGGGACGUGGAGGUUAAAGAGAGUCUGUGCUGGAGUAUUGGAGUCACUACAGCAUCAAACCAGAGGAAGGGAUGGGGUUUCUUUAAUAGUGAUGUCUGGUGUGUGCAGUAUCAUGAAUCUCCAUAUCUCUCACCAUUUACAACAUUUGGUUUUCCUGUUAAACAGACGCUGGACAGUGUGAGAGUGUAUCUGGACUAUGACAGGGGAACAUUGUCAUUCUCUGAUCCUGUAACUAACACACAUCUACACACAUUCACAACCACCUUCACUGACACCGUCUUCCCAUUCUUAUAUUGUUAUAGUUUAUUGCCUCUAAAGAUCUUACCAGUCAGCAGUCAGUAA